AUGGGAAAAUUCGAUGGAAUUGAACCAAUCUGUUAUUCACGAAAUGUCGAAAUGGCAGGAUUAUUUGUAUUCCAACCUGCGACUCUCAUGAUGAAUAUCGUUGCUCUCUGUAUGACCAGUAUCAUGAUCUACCAUGUAAAAACAAAGUACACAGCAGUAGGCAGAAAGGAGAUUGCCAUGUUCUUUCAGUUGUAUUUAGUGACCAUAUUCUUGGAAAUGUUAUUGGUUACCAACAUCAUCCCGACCGCCUCUAUUCUGUAUCCUUUUUUUACGGCUGCACAUUUAGGAUUAAUUAGUGCAUCAUUCUGGUGCUUGCUUCUGAAUGGUUUUGUUGGAUUUCAAUUUGCAGAAGAUGGUACGCCGAUCAGUUUAUGGUCGAUUCGAAUCAGUACGUUUUUGGUAUUUCUUGUGGUUGGAUUUGUUGCCAUGGCAACAUUUAAUAAUUUCGGCCCAUUCAGUUACACAUCGCCUGGAGCGCUAUGGAUUAUUUACUUUAUUGUAAACGGAUCCAUGUUUCUUAUUUAUACAAUUUCCCAGAUCAUUUUGGUCACGUAUACAUUGGAUGAUAGAUGGCCUUUGGGAGAUAUUGCGUUUGGCGUCUUGUUUUUCGUGUCAGGUUUGGUCGUCAUGUUUAUUUUCUCAGUUGCACUUUGUGAACAGGUUAAACACUAUUUGGAUGGGCUCUUCCUUGGUAGCAUGUGUAACCUGUUGGCUGUGAUGAUGGUGUAUAAAUACUGGGAUUCCAUCACCAAGGAAGACCUGGAGUUCUCUAUCGAUUCAAAGCACCAAACGUGGGAGAUCCAGGCAUUACUGAAAGAUGAAGAGAAUAAAAUUGCAAGCAAAUUUUAG